CCAUCAUCUAUUUCAGCAGAAUCACAACCAAAAAUCACAAAUCCCAAAUCAGAAACAAAAAACCUUGAAACUUCAAAGUGAAAUUAAAUCUUAAAUAUCAACAAUUUCAAACAAUUAGUGGAGGGUUUUUUCUCAGUUGAACAACAAACACGAAGGUUUGAAAAUCUUAGACAAAAGGAAAGAAAAGUUACUUGACCGGAACUAGUCUGACGAUGACGUCUUCUCCGACGAGGGAAAAAAUGUUGACCCCGUAUAGGGGAAGAGGCCGCGGUUAUGGCCGUGGUGGAAGGGGGAGUAACAAUAUGUUACCCCAGUCAGAAUCAAACAUUCCUCUUAAAGGGGAUUGGACUACAGUUUACAAAGGUAGAAAAAUGCAACAAUUACCUGCAUCUUUAUCUAAAAAGGAAGAUAUUCCUUCCUCCUCCUCUAAUAAAAGUACAUCUUACAAAGAAGUUGCGGUUAAUAACCCACCUAAAGAGCUAUUGGAUUAUUUUGAAAAUCCAGUAACUGAAAAAAUCAUGUAUAUUGAUGAAGAAGAUAUUCAAAUCAAUCUAAAUGAUGGAUGGUCUAUCAAAACUAGAUACCUCGAAUCAAGAGGAUAUCCAGGCCUACAUGGAAAAUCUAGGCCUCACCUAGAAAUUCUUCUAACCGUUACCAAAUCGGUAACAUUUACUCACCAUUACCAGAAUAAUAAUCCUGAAAGUUUUAUAAACUUCAGUAAAUGUCACAUUAAUCAAAUCCUGUUACCAAGAGAAUGGGGUCUUAAUCCAAAUGGUGAAAAGGCAAUAAGAAUUGCAGAAGGAAAGUAAAUUUACUUUAAUUACUGGCACUAUGUCCAAGCUUUUACUCAAGCUUUUUAUUAUCAAAAUUCCAAGAAUAAGCAUUCUUGGUUUUUCUCUAUUAAUCCAGAGAUGAUUAAUAAACCUAUACCAAAUUGGUUUUAUGAAUAGUGGACUAAAUUUGGUAUGUCUUUGGAAAUACUACCCAAAGAAUUACUUGAUUUAUACAAUCCUUGGUGUGACAAUAGCCCACUUAUUGCAAAUAUUUUAUCUGAUAAUUUAAUUACCGGACAAUGUCCAUUUUGGUUCUUUACCAAAUUUCAGAUUCCAUGGAUAUGGAGAUGGUCAAUCACCAUAUCUCAAGAUAAAUUCAACAUACCCAUUUUAGAAAGAAAUUUCUUCUAUAAAUGGUGGAACAAAAUGAGUUCCGAAGAAGUCCAGAAAAUAGGAAAUUUAAUUCAAACAGCUAUAGCUGAAGACCAAAGUAAUAAGGUCAAAGAGCAAAGCUCCCAACAAAUGUCUAUGGGAAAUCUGAAGAACUUCUUCCAGAGAAAAUAUCCAAAUGAAUCAGAAGAUGAAAUCAUGUUUAGAACUUUGGACCAUAUGAAAAACCAAUUCUUCUCCACUUUUCCAGCAAAAGCAUCAAAAGAUGAGGAUUCAU